AUGCCGAAAAACCGACCCGCCACGUCGGGAUAUGCCCGGCUGGCUCAAGAAGAAGAGGAUCGAACCCAUGAUGUGUACGACUAUUCCGAUGACGACGACCUCCACCAAUCCGCCGACACAAUAUCCGAAUCCGCCCCCCGAUAUGCUCCCAUCUCAUCCCGAUCCCAAAUGCAGGCCUCGUCGCUCGCCUCGCCCCCCGAACCUCGCCGGAGACCCAGUGGACACUAUCGACGAGGCCGGAGGAACUCCGGCGUAGACAUCAAGGCCAUCAAUGCGCGUCUGGAACGUUGGGCCGAGGAAAUCGCCUCCAAGUUCAAAAUUAACAAGGUGAAGGGGAAGACCCUGGAGGAGGAGAAAUUGGAGAUCUACCACUCUGUCUUCCAGGCUCCCGAUGGCGUGCGGCCUAUCUCCGCGGAGACACUGGAGUCGGACGAGGUGGAGGGUGCGCAGCGCCGGGCCCGCGACGAAUUCGAGGAAGUGGUGGAGGGCGUUCGCAUCGCCAUUGAGAUGGGCGUGCACCCUCGCAUGAUCUCGCAAGGCAGCUCCGGUAGUUACUUUGCGCGCAAUGCCGACGGGAAGGUCGUGGGCGUGUUCAAACCCAAGGACGAGGAGCCGUACGCAUCCCGCAAUCCCAAAUGGACCAAAUGGAUCCAUCGGAACCUCUUCCCUUGCUUCUUCGGCCGGGCCUGCUUGAUUCCCAACCUGUCGUAUGUCUCCGAGGCCGCCGCCUAUGUUCUCGACUCGCGCCUACGCACCAACCUCGUUCCGUAUACCGACAUCGUGUGGCUGUCUUCGAAAUCAUUCUACUACGACUUCUGGGAUCGGAGAAAGGCAUGGAUGGGGAAGAAACCCCUCCCUCACAAGGCGGGUAGUUUUCAGGUCUUCUUGAAGGGCUACAAAGAUGCCAAUCUGUUCCUGCGAGACCACCCCUGGCCUGAUCAGGCGAACACCGGCUUUCGCACGGAGGAUGCACCUAAACGCAAGAAGCGGCCUUGGAAUGAAGCCUGCCGACCUUCCGGGGUUCAUUCGGACGACGAGGAUGAUGACGAGGAGCAUGGUCCCGCGCAGGCGCCUUCGCCGCGGGAGGAGGCCCGCGAGCGGCGGUUCUACUGGACCGAGGGUCUCAAACAGUCGUUCAGGGAGGAACUGGAGAAACUGGUGAUUUUGGAUUACAUUAUGCGAAACACGGACCGUGGGUUGGACAAUUGGAUGAUCAAAAUCGACUGGAAAACGGAGGAAGUGUCCAUCGUGGCGGAUCCGCCGCAACCCAACGGCAAUCAGCAGGAUGAUGAUGACCAUCUUCCUCCCGCUCGCCCGAUCUCAGUCAACUCCGACAAACCAUCGACCGCCUCGUAUCCCUACAAGAGACACGAGACGAUGGUUGCCGUCAGUCGGACCGGAACCCCACUCAACGCAUCGGAGCCGCAGGCGUCCGUCCAGAUUGGAGCCAUUGAUAAUAGUUUGUCAUGGCCGUGGAAACAUCCUGAUGCCUGGCGAAGCUUUCCCUUCGGUUGGCUGUUCCUCCCGGUUUCUCUAAUAGGCCAGCCCUUCUCUCAAAGAACGAGGGAUCAUUUCCUUCCCCUCCUUACAUCGACAGCUUGGUGGAGUGGCACGCAGAUGGCCCUCCGACGGGUGUUCUCGCAGGAUGACGACUUCAAGGAGAGUAUGUUCGCCCGGCAGAUCGCGGUGAUGAAGGGUCAGGCCUGGAAUGUUGUCGAAACGUUGAAGCACCCCGACCACGGUCCAUUGGAGCUCACCAGACGUACUCGAGUCUGCGUCUGGGAUGAUUUGGUGGACGUUCCGGUUGCCAUUCCCCUCCGCGGGCCAUCCACGGAAGCCCAACGGCGCAAAGUCCGGGGCUACGAACGUUACGACAGCUAUGACCCCGACAACGAGGAAAUGGACAUCGGUGCGGCCAUGUCGCUAGGCUCGGGUCCGGAGCAUGAUCUUCUAGGAUUGGGAUCUCCCCCGAAUGAGCUCCCCAAUCCCAACCGGUUCGAGCUCUCCCGGGGCCGUCACUCGCGAGACUUUGACUCCAGCCGGGCCCAGAACGGUAGCCCUGCUACUCUGAACGACUAUGGCUUUGGUCGACGAAACCUCGACGACUUCGAUGACGAUCGCGGCUUGGAUCGCAGCUGGGCCACCCUCCCUCCUCGGCCCGGCAAAAAGCACCAGAAGCAUAGUUCUCUGUCUUCAACAAACGGACGCGGUCAGGCGCAUUUGGUGUUCAGCAGCGAUGAUUUGGAAGGUGAUUUGGGAUAUGCAGCUGCCGAGGGAAUGGAAGGGAACCAACGCAAAGUCAUCGUGGAGCGACUAGAAGCUGUCAAGAGCAAAAACCCUGUUUUCACCUGGCGCUGCCCCUCGCCUCCCGAAGACCCCAUGUUCCUGGAUGACACAGACUCACUGAUCGACACCGCAGACCGGCCGGACUCCGGAAAAUCAUCGCAGAGUAAUACUGGUUCCCCCGUCGCGCCCGCGGGCACUGCCUCCGCCGCGCAACGAUUCCUCAGUCCGCAGCGUCGUCGUCAGCCUUCCGUCAAGCCGAGUCCCCGGUCGAGAUCCCAGAUUCAGUCGCUCGAGUCGCAUACCCCGGAUAGUGCGGCCUCGUCACCGCAGCCGUCGGAACAAGCAGAGCCCGAUGUGAGCUACGCAUUUACAAGUGCGCAGAGCGACGAUGACCAUGAUAUGAAGCGCAGUUGCGAUCAAUUUGAGGCCGAGGCCGACUUGCGGCAUGGCAGCUUAAUUGAGGACAUGUAUGGGGUGGAGAGGCGGGUUAACCCGCCCUACAAGAAAGUAAAGACGAAGGAAGAAGAGCAAGACGGGCUGCUGAAGAAAGGAAAUUUUGCUGCCGCCGGCGACAGCGGAUUGGGUAAAUGGAUGAAGGAGGACCAGUCGACACCUGAUACGUCAUUUCCAGUGACCCCUGAUGUUGUCGAUUUGACUCUUGAUGCCCCGGCUGCUGCCACUGACGAUGACGAUCUACAAGUCACCGGCUCGAACAACCUCAGCAUUCAAAGGGUGUGCUAUGGCAAAGUCGAAAAUGCAAGAGUUCAAGCCAUAAUGGUGCCGAGGCCUACCGCCCAAACAAUCUUCGGCGACUCGGACCAUAGCUGGCCAUCGAUGAAAUUGGGAGUGCAUCGUACCGCAAGUCAAGGGAACAUUCGCAUCGACGUGUCAGAUCCCCAUGGCAAGAUAUUUGGGGCUGUGGAGGCGAAGAUUGCCGCGGUGUUAGUUCCGCUUCUUGACUCGCCGGGUUUGAAGCGAAAGGACGGCGAAAUGCCUUGGCAAUGUUGCUCGGAGUUUUACCGGGCAUCCAUUAACCUGUACGGUCUAAGAAAGGACGCAGAACUCGUCGGAAACCAUCUGGGCCAAAACAACGUUUGGCUUGGGACCCCGUUCUCCGUGGAGCAAGGCGUCCCGGUCUUCAAUCCACAUGCCGAGAAAAGACGUGCUCAACCAAACUUCUUACCAUCAGUUGCUGCUCGAGGCCGAUCGGGUGUCAGCUAUGAAGUACGCACGGCGGAAGAGGUGAACGAUGCGGUGAUGAAGAUGUUCGAUCAGCUUCAGAGUGCCGAGAACCUCCCUGAGAUGGACACUCCGUCUCUUCUGAAGACGCCGCUGCUCCGGCAUCAGAAACAGGCUCUUUGGUUCAUGACCGAGAAGGAGAAGCCGCGCAAGUUUGGGCAAAAAGAGGAAGACAACAACUCUCUCUGGAGAAUUCAGUUCAAUUCCAAGGGGCAGAAAUGUUAUCAAGAGCCCCCACAGACACUCGGUGGGCUCCUGGCAGACAUGAUGGGUCUCGGUAAGACCUUGAGCAUCCUCUCUCUCGUCGUAUCAUCACUGGAGGAGGCACGAAACUGGGCGCCGUUGCCGCCACCUACGGACAUGAUCAAGCAUAUUCCCGGCAUCCGCAACAGUAAAACCACGCUGCUCGUGGUUCCGUUAAGUGCCGUCAAUAACUGGGUCCUGCAGAUCAAGGACCAUCUGAAGACGAAAGCCGUUUCCUACUAUGUGUUCCACGGCUCCGGACGCACCAACAAUGUCGAGGAAUUGUCGCAGUACGACCUGGUGAUCACGACUUACAGCAUUGUGCUCAGCGAACUGUCUGGAAGAGGUGCAAAGAGGGGUGUGAGCCCCUUGACGAGGAUGAACAUGUUCCGCAUCGUCCUGGAUGAAGCGCACACCAUCCGAGAGCAGACCGCCGCGCAGACGCAGGCGAUUUUCAAGCUCAACUCGCAGCGCAAGUGGUCCGUCACCGGAACGCCUAUCCAAAAUCGGCUGGAAGAUCUUCUCUCAGUAACAAAGUUUCUGGGGCUUUUCCCGUACAACGAUCGGAGCAACUUUGGGAUGCACAUUCUCAGUCGGUUCAAGACGGGAGAUGCCACCGUUCUGGCUAGCUUGCGCGUGCUCGUAGACUCGUUCACCCUUCGCCGAGUCAAGGACAAGAUCGAUAUCCCCGCCAGACAAGACCGGAUUGUGUCUCUGAAGUUUUCCGACAAGGAAAAGCAACUGCAUGAUUUCUUCCGGAACGAGUCCAAUGUGAUGAUGAAGGUUAUCGCCGGCGAAGACCAGACAAAGAUGAAGGGUCGCAUGUACCACCAUAUCCUGAAAGCCAUGAUGAUCUUGCGACAGAUCAGCGCCCACGGCAAGGAGCUACUUGACUCCACUGACCGAGAGCGGAUCAAGGGAUUGAGCGUUCAAGAUGCCAUCAAUCUCGAAGAGGGUGGCGAUAGUGACACCGCCGAGGUGUCCGACAAGAAGGCGUAUGAGAUGUUCGUUCUGAUGCAGGAAUCUUCAGCGGACGCAUGUGCCAUGUGCAACAAGCGCCUGGAGGAGCCAAGCUCCGAUUCUGGACCCAUCGACCGGCAAACUCCAGUUGCCGUCGUUCUCCCUUGCUACGACGUGCUGUGCGCUGACUGCUUUUCCGGCUGGAAACAUGCCUUUGAUGCGGAAAAUAAAGCCGUCUUACCCAACAUCAAAUGCCAGGUAUGCGAAGGAUGGAUUCCCGCUUCGUACUCUUUCAUCACGGUUGGGGGACUGCAAGAUCAUAUGGUGGAGCAAGCCAAGGCCAAACAAAAUCGACGACAGUCCAAGAUUCUCGGAGAGUAUGAAGGGCCGCACACUAAGACGACCGCUCUUAUUGAGGAUCUUCAACGGACGGCAGAAGAGUCUCAGACACUUGAGGAUAAGCAACCACCGUUGAAGAGCGUGGUGUUUUCCGCCUGGACUUCACACUUGGAUCUGAUUGAGAUCGCCUUGAAAGACAACAACAUCACGGGAUUCGUACGGCUGGAUGGCACCAUGACGCUGGCGGCUCGCGGCAAAGCCCUCAAGGAAUUCCACAGCAACAACAAGAUCACCGUGCUUCUCGCCACCAUCGGAGCUGGCGGAGUGGGCCUCAACUUGACGUCGGCGUCCAAGGUGUACAUCAUGGAGCCCCAGUAUAACCCGGCAGCGGUGGCACAGGCCGUGGACCGCGUGCACCGCAUUGGACAGACGCGCGAAGUGACGACAGUCCAGUUCAUCAUGAAGGACAGCAUCGAGGAGAAGAUCUUCGAGCUGGCCAAGAAGAAGCAGCAGUUGGCCGACCUCAGCAUGAACCGAGGCAAACUCGACAAGAAGGAGGUCCAAGAACAACGCAUGCGGGACUAUCGGGGAUUGUUCAAAUGA